AUGGAUGCAACAUUGAUAAAUCAAGUUUCACAAUUUAGACAAGCUGCUACAAAAAACGCGUUUGUCCCACAAAAAGCAUCAUCUCAAAAUUCUUAUUCAACGUAUACUUCUGAUGUUAAUCGUAAAAGAAAAGUUGUUAAGCCAGAAAAAAAUGAAGCCGUAUUAAAAAGUCAACAAGUAUCUAAUUCUGCCAAUUUUUCUGUCAUGGCAAGAAUUGUUGAGUAUCUUAAAAAAAGAUUUUUAGAUAAAUUAAACCCUUUAAAAUGGGGUUUAACGUUAGAUGAAAUUUUACAAGAAAUGCAAAUUUAUGAUUUAAAUAAAAAGGCAAUUUUGUGGCUUAGUGAAAAUUUACCAAAAAAUCCUAAAAUAACUCAAGAAGAACCUGGAAAAUUUAUUUUCAAACCACCAUAUAGCAUUUCUAAUCCAUCUGCAUUAAGGAAUUUAUUACAGAAACAAAUGAAAAGUGGUGAAUGUGGGUUACUUCAUUCAGAAUUAGCUGAAUGUAUUCCUGAUGUAGAAUUAUUUGUUUCAAAAAUUCAACAAAACGUCAUAUCAAUUCCUACACAAUUUAAUAAAAGAAAAGACACUGUGUAUUUCUAUAAUGAUCCAACACAUGAUUAUGAAUUGGAUGAAGAUUUUAAAGCUCUAUGGAGAACUAUACCAGUAAGUCAUCUUGAUGAUAGGAGGAUAGAAGAAUAUCUUAAAAAACAUAAUAUAAAAAGUAUUAAAGAUAUACAGCCAAAAGCAAAUAAUUCAGGUGUUCCUAAAAGAAGAACUCGUAAAAGGGCUAAUGUCAAACAACAAAAUGUUCAUAUGGAUGGUAUUCUUGAAGAAUAUGCUGAAUAA